CCUCAGAGAGCAGCGGAGUAAUUCCGGGAAAAGGCGGACUGACAUUUUGUCGCCAGAGUCGCUUCGACCCAGCAGAGUGUCUGUAUCUGUGUUGACUGGUGCUUGGGGGGGAAAAAUUGAAGACAGUUGGAUCAUGACGACAGAAAGAAACAGCAAAGCCCUGAAGGUGAAGCAGGAAUGUGGCGAGAACGUGCCCUUCCUAUCGGACAGUGAGCUCAUGUCCCUCUCGGUCCGGGAGUUGAACCUCCACCUUCGCGGCCUGUCCCGCGAGGAGAUCCAGAAGUUGAAGCAGCGCAGACGCACCUUGAAGAACCGGGGCUAUGCCGCCAGCUGUCGGGUCAAACGGGUCUCCCAGCGAGAGGCCCUGGAGCAGCAGAAGAUGGAGCUUCAGAGGGAGGUGGAGAGGCUAGGGGCUGAGAACGCUGGCAUGAGGAAAGAGCUGGAGGGGCUCGGCGCACGUCUGGCCGCUCUUCAGAGAUUCGCAAGGGGUCUGGAAGCCGGAGGCGGCAACCUGCUGGCUACAGCCCCACGCCUCAACACCGCCUCAGUCAUCACCAUCGUCAAGAGUCCACCACAGCCUCAGCCACAGAGAGAACAGGAGCCAUCCUAGAAGGAGCUGCUGGAACCAGACUCAGGGGGAGGGACGCACAACCUGCAAUGCAAACACACAUUCACAGGCAUACACAUACUAUACACACACGUGCUGGAGAACAGGAAGACGAGUAAAAGAAUUAGUAGGAAAAUACUAAGCGCUUGUUUGCAUCACGCCUCAUUCACAUUAUGGUAUGCAAGAGUCAUUUGGUCCUGUGUGACACAGUGCUGACAGCGUGGUGUGUAAUGUCACCGGACAGACAACAGCUCCGCUUAGUUUUCCAAAGUUAGGGCCAGGAACAGUUGAAGAAUCAUCUAGGACCAGUGGAGGUGUCCUCCACUUGAUGCUAUUUUUAUAACACUGCAGCUUAGUUGACCGAAACUUACUGAAGUGCGUUUGUUUAGAAACUCAAAGUUCAGAACAAUGCAGCAGGUUAAUGUGAACGAGGCGUUGAGCACUGAUGCACGCACACAUGCACAAAAUCCUCACACUCAUUCCCCCAUCCACGCUGGGUGUAGACGUUGACUAACUGGACUCGGAUUGAAGCCAGACCAACCCAACCAAGAGUUACUGUACAUCUCCACUGCUCAACAAAUCCAGCCGUGACGCUGGUGCUCUCUGAUUGUGCUAUCGAAACACCAGGGCUUCUCCUCGCUUCAGUUUAUGGCACCUGACCAACAGCAAAAUGAUGGGGUGGGGCGGACGUACAGUAUGUGCUGCUUCCUCCAGCUAUACAAAGUCUGCAUUCCUGGUACAGUUGCAGUCUGAAGUUGCUAGCCUUUUUCUCAUACCAGCCUGUGGUCAUGUGUUUCUGCUACCAUGUAAGAAAGUGUCCCAAAGUAUGAAUCACUUAGUCAUUAAUGCAGAGUUUCUCAAGCUUGGCGUCACUUGAUAUCCAGGUGGUUGUGAUGGGAGAUAUAGAUUUUUAUUUGGGUCUUUGGUUAAUAGUUUGAAAAGCAUAAUUUCUGUAUAAUCAAUCUGGAGCUUCCUUCAUUCAAAUAAAAUACAGCAGUUACAGCAUACUCAUAUUCCCUUGACAGCUCUCUAACUGCUUGGGUCACGAGGAUUUUGGAAGCAAAACUUGGUUGAGAAACACUGUAUUCAUGAAUCAUGAGCUCCUUCAAACUGUUCUUUCUUUUCAGAUUUCUUGGUUUUGGGAUUCACCAGUCACCCCUCCCUGUUUUGUACUGCUUGUGUUCAUAUUUCCCACAUUAACGCAGUGCCUUCAGUGUAUGUAGGAGCUACAAGAAUGCAAAUGUAAGAGGGAAAAGGUUAAAAACAGACUAUAAUCUCUCCUUCUUGCCUGUCCAUGGCCGCACAUUUCCUUCUUUAUUAUUCCUCUUGAUUCUCCUACUUUCUAAACUAUAAUCCCACAUUACUCAAUUCACAAUCCCUACUGUGCAGUAACCUUGCUACAGUCUGCUGUGGCUCCCUUUUCUUUUUUCUUCCUCAUAUCUGGUGGACUCCCAACAACAGAUGUUGGUCAUUUUGCCAAAAACGUGUCAAAGCGGAGUCACAUCUGGUAGGAAUUACGCUCAAAAUCGAUGCAAAAUCCUCUGCAUACAUUCCCGUUUUGUGUUCUUAUUUGUAAUGUUUGUAUGUGCCGUUGAGAGACGAAAAUGUUGAGUGACAUUUAUCAGAGAUAUAUUCUAUAUUUUAUUUGUAUUUAAAGGUAGAUAUUAUGAAAAGACAAGCUAACGAGUGCUGUGAUGUUCUAUCUGUUUUCAGAAGUACUUACUUAUGACUAGUCUGGGGAUAUUCUCAUGUCUAAUUGUGUUGUGUGGCGACUAUUAUUACUUUACAAAAUGUUAAUUAUUAGCUAUGUAGAAUUAUGCUCAAAGCCAAUGGCCAUAUUGCUGUAUGAUGAUUUUUUUUGUGUGUGUGUUUUUGCUAUGUUUGUACUGGCUUGUCCUAGUGGAUUCUUGGAGGGAUAUUAUUUUUCUACGAUGGUUCGUAUGUUAUUUGCGUGAAAAAUUAAGGUCACUUCUGAAUUGGCAGGGUGGGCAGAAACACAGGAUGUUAAAGGAAAACAUGACUGAAAAAAGGAGAAAGAUGGAGAUGAGGACGAGACAGGAAGGUUGAGGAGUUGUCGGAUGAUGGAGAAAGAAAGUUGGCAAGGCGGACUGGGAAAGAAGGUGGUGAAAUAAGGUGGUGUUUUAUUCACUUGAAAACCUCCAUCAGUCACAGGCCUGUUUCAGUCGACAUGCUAAAACAGGCCUGGAUUUCAUGGAGUCUAGGCCACUGAAUAGAGCUAGCAAUAUCAUUUAUAAGCAGGCAUUGUAACACAUUAGACUGUGUUGACAAAUAACUCCUUAAGAUAUAUUUAGCUAUAUGAAUAUCAGUGUGGCAAAGCAUUUAUUCUCAAUAUUUUAACGUCUCACAUCUGUCAAAUUGUGCUGGAUGUUUUGUAAUACUUGCAAAACAAAAAUGGUCUUUGUAUUUAUUACUUGUAUUUUUUCUAUUGUGAAAAUUUAAGUACAUUGUCUAUUUUAAAUAUUAAUUAUAAUAAAUGUUGUAC